CAGCCGAGGCAAGCUCAACACACCACCACUCCAACCCGCACCCGACACCCCUUGCUCUGGUUCCCCUUUGCCCGUUGCUCUCCCUGCACAGUCUCACUCACCCUUUCCUGCUUCCCUCGCCACGCCACUAAUCGACCUCCAUGCGCUGCCCUGUGACUCCGCUGCUCACCCCUUUACGAAUGCCGCGAUGCGGCUAAUUCGCUGAGAGGCAAGAGAUACGACCCCGCUCUAGAACUCUUCGCGUACAUCGCGUCGUCAUCUCUCGCAUCCGCGUCGACCACAGGUGUUCGCCACACGCGAGGAGCGGUCGUAGCACUCGCGGCGGUUGGCGCGUAGCGAGCGAGGCGGUAGAUGACGAUAGGUGGACGAUGGAAUCGUCGAUCCCUGUCGCUGAUUGCGCUUCUUGGCGGAAUCAUGGCAGCCGCCGCAGUAGCUGCUGACGUCACGCGCUUCUCCUUGCCCUGGCCACCAAAUUCGGAUGCCGCAAUGCGUGCGGAAAACAUUUCGCGGGUGUCCACGUGGCAGGACGACCUCGACCGCCUGCCGCCCCUCAACUCCUCCAGCCGCCGUCGACUCGCCGCAUGCGACUACACGGCGGGGCGAUGGGUGUACGACCCGCGGCGGCGGUCGUACAGCAGCAAGUGCGAGUGGAUCCGGUCGGCGUUCAACUGCCAGGGCAACGGGCGGCGGGACACGGCGUACACCAAGUACUCGUGGAAGCCGCGCGCCUGCACCAUCCGCCGCUUCGACCGCGCCUACUUCAAAGCCACCCUCCGAAACAAGGUGGUGGCGUUCGUGGGCGACUCGUUUUCGCGCAACCUGCAGCAGGCCAUCGCGUGCGAGCUGGGCGUGGACGACCGCGUCGAGCCCUGGUCCGGCUGGCUAGGCGGCACGCUCGUAUCGGGGCUGGCCGUGCCGCGCUACAACCUGAGGCUGGUGGCCGUGGUGGCGCCGUACCUGGUGCGCUACAGCAACGCGGACUGGGCGUUCCGGCAGUACGGGCUGAAGCCAGGCGACGGCAGCCGGUACGUGGUGUGGCUGGACGACAUGGACGCGCAGUGGGCCAGCGUGCUGCAACAUGUGGACCUGACGGUGUUCAUGUCGGGCCACUGGUUCCUGGACAAGCAGGGCGCCGAGGCCGUGCGCUCCACCGUGUAUGUGGCCAACAACAAGGUCGUGCGCAUGAGCGGCAUGGCUGCGUACCGCACCGCCAUGCGCAACGUGAAGCGCUUCGUGGCCGUGGAGCAGAAGUACCGCGGCGUGCCCAUGUGGCUCACCUACUCCCCCUCUCACUACUCCAGGGGCAACCCCCCCACAUGCCGCCGCACCUCACCCAUCUCGGCGAAGCGAGUCCAAGCAGUGGCAGCCCAUGACAUCGCAACAGCCUUCAGGGGGCUGGAGGUGAGGGAGCUGAGGAAGUCACCCUUCCGAAUCAUCGACAUCACUCGCAUCUCCCUCUUCCGCCCAGACGCCCAUGUAAAGCUCUUCUAUGGCUCCAAGACAAACAGCAAAACCAAGUGGGACUGCACUCACUGGUGUUUGCCAGGACUUCCAGACGUAUGGGCUGACGUCUUUCAGUUUGUUCUAAAGACACAAUUAAGACGGCACAAAAAGUAACAUGACAUCACCUCUAAAAUGUACAUUUAGGUGUGCUGGCACAUGCCCCUAGAUUGGUUUUCAGGUGUCCCAGUCCAUCUGGACUCCCAAAAAAGAAUUGCCUGAUUUUUCAGGAUUCCCUGCUGAAAGUUCUGAAUUCCCUA